AUGGCGAAGUCCCCCAUGGCGAUCUUGGCUCUCGGGCUAGCAGCACUAGUCCUAUCUGGCGCCGGACUGGUGGCGGCGCAGAACUGCGGCUGCCAGCCGAACGAGUGCUGCAGCAAGUACGGUUAUUGCGGGACCGAUGACAGGUACUGCGGACAAGAUUGUCGGUCGGGCCCGUGCACGGCGAGCGGCGGCGGGAGCGGCGAUCCCGUGGAGAGCGUCGUCACCGAUGCGUUCUUCGACGGGAUCAAGUCCCAGGCAGCCGACGAGGGGUGCCCCGGCAAGAGCUUUUACACGCGCCAGUUUUUCCUGGACGGCGCCCAGGCGAACCCCGACUUCGGGAAAGGCAGCACCAGCGACGACGGCAAGAGGGAGAUAGCCGCCUUCUUCGCUCACUUCAUCCACGAGACUGGGCACAUGUGCUCCAUCGAGGAGAACGGAGGGGCGAGCAAGGAUUACUGCGACGAGACGAACACGCAAUGGCCGUGUACCCCGGGGAAGGCGUACUACGGGCGCGGGCCGCUGCAGCUGUCGUGGAACUACAACUACGGGGCGGCCGGGGAGAGCACCGGGUUCGACGGGCUCAACAGCCCGGACACGGUGGCGCAGGACCAGGCGUUAACGUUCAAGGCGGCGUUCUGGUUCUGGAUGACCAACGUGCACCAGGCCGUGCCGCAGGGGUUCGGCGAGACGACCAGGAAAAUCAACGGCGACGUGGAGUGCGACGGAAAGAGGCCAGACUUGGUGAGCGCGCGGGCGGGCUACUACACGGAGUACUGCAAGCAGUUCAACGUCGACCCAGGGAACAACCUCACUUGCUAG